AUGGGAGGCGUGGUGACGUGCAAUAAUAACGGUUGGUUGAGUGAUAAAAAAGCGCAAAUGAGAUUAAUCUCUGGGUCAGUCUCCGAGAUGAUUUUCUGGGUCGGACUCAACCAGAAGAGACCCAGGAUCAGUGGGGAGGGUGUGAGGGGUGGUGUGGAUCCGCAAAGAGGCCACCACCUGCACCGAUCAUUAACACCGAAGCGACCACGAUACGGUGUCAGUCCAUACAAUGGAACCGGGGCCAAGACGCCAAUGAAGUGGGUUCGAGCCGAUUUCCGAUUUCCCAAUGAACAGGCACAUUUACUAAACUCGGGUCCUACGUCAUCCUCCCAAGAAACAGAACACAUCAUUGACUUGCCAUGCGCCGUGGGCUAUGCCCAGCCCUACACAGUACCUGGGACACUUCAUGGGCGGUACCUUAGCAGUCAACGAUCAGCCACAAGACUUAUCUAUGGCGCGGCUGUGAACCGCGGUUAUUAUGCACAGCGUACCGAAUACUCACCUCAACAACUACGACACUUCCUAAUACACUCUGCCGACAACAUACACCUUUUAUCUUCAUGGAAAGAAAAGGAAAAGGGAAAGAAAUGGAACAUUCCCGAGGCCGGUAGCGGAGGACAACAACAACAACAGCAACAGCUCACAACAACACUAAUCCCGGUUUUGGAGGAAGGGUUAUCUCCUUCCCCUCUUUCCUGUACAUACGCGAGGGUGCUGCUGCUGCUACUGCUUCUGCUACUAUGCCCGCUCACUCCCAGCCUCGCGAGUAUCCGGUCGCGGGUCUAAAAGAAAAGAGGUAUCUAGAAGCAUCUUUUAGUUUUUCCACCUUCCUACCCCAAUUCGUCCACAU